GUUGUCGUGGGCUGAAGUGAUGUUGUGUUGUAGAGGUAUCACAGCUGAAAAGCAGUACCGUGCUGUGGCUCCAGGGUAGACACAAUAGCUGGCAUCAAUUUUCAUCAGUGUCAAAAAUGUUUUCAUUCCCAGUCCCAAAUCCAAGUUAUUACAGUGCCAAGAUUUAUUUUGACAAAAAACAACACACUGCCCGCCUACACUCAAUACUUUAGCUAAUUAAUGUAAGGUAAAUAUGAAACAAAAUGAACACAGAGAGACCCAGGGGAAAGAUCGCAUUUGGCAGAUUAGAAUCUGAACUGCUGCAAACGCGGCAUGAAGCGCGCCGUUGCUCAAGAGAAAUUCACCAGAGACUUCUCAACUUCUGCAUCUGUGUUCUCUGUUCAGCUGAUCAGGGUGCGAUCAGUUCUCAGUUUAGAACGUCAGAAAAAUGGUGAGAGAGGUUGCACAGGAAGUAACUGAGAAGCUGGCGGUUAGAUAUGUGUUGCUGCUUUCCGGAACCUCAGUAAGAGCAAAGCAAGAGCUUGGUGAGAGCAAAGAAGAGACCAAGAACAUAAACGUGGAUGAACUGCUUAAGGAAAAUUAAAGGAAAACCAUUAAAAACGUGUUUCAGAAAAUUUCCUCGAACAACAGAAAAUGGGGAGCAGUGAGGAGGAGGGCAAGAUGCUCUCCAGACUGUCCCGCAUAGGAAGCAGGGGAUCACUGAGGGAGCCCCCAAAACCUCCCGCCCAGGCCACCAAGCCCGCUGCCACAGUCAAAACGCCCCCCGAACUGAGCCCAAAGCCCCCUGCACUUGCCCCCAAACCCAGCUCCAGAGAGUUCAGCAGCAGCGAUCACGGAUCCGCCAUCCUGCAGGGGUUUGAACACUUCCGGUCCCACGAGUCCCUGUGUGACGUCACUCUGGUGCCGGGAGACAGCAGUGCGGUUUUCCCGGUGCACAGAGUCAUAAUGGCUUCCGCCAGCGACUACUUCAAGGCCAUGUUCACAGGUGGGAUGAGAGAGCAGGAGCAGAAGGUGAUCAAGCUGCACGGCGUGAGCGAGACUGGCCUGAGGAACAUAAUCGACUUCAUCUACUCGAGCCGCGUGUCCCUCAGUCUCGGCUGCCUGCAGGACACCCUGGAGGCCGCCAGUUUCCUGCAGGUCCUGCCUGUCCUGGGCUUCUGCAAGGAGCUGCUGAGGCAUGAGGUCACCAUAGAAAACUGCGUGGAAGUGGGGCGCAUUGCCAGCGACCUUCUCCUGGAGGAGGUGCAGACCUACAUCAACAAGUUUGUCUGCCAGAACUUCUCCCAGCUGGUGAAGACCGAGACGCACCUGCAGCUCUCAGAGUCCAGCAUGGCGUACGCGCUGUCCAGCGACUCCCUCAAGGGUUUCUCUGAGAUGGAGCUGUUCCGGGUGGCCCGGGCCUGGCUGGGGCACGACCUCGCCGGGCGCCGCCCGCACACCUAUGCCCUGAUGAGGUGCAUCCGCUUCCCCCUCAUGAGCCCUGCCGAGCUGCUCCAGAUCUCCCAGGAGGACGACGGCACCCUGCGGUCCGACACGGCCUGCGUCAACCUCCUGCUGGAGGCCAGCAACUACCAGAUGAUGCCCUUCCUGCAGCCCACCCUGCAGACGGAGCGCACAGCCAUCCGCUCCGACUCCACCCACCUGCUGGCGCUGGGCGGGGUCAUGCGGCAGCAGCUGGUGGUGAGCAAGGAGCUGCGGCUGUACGACCAGGAGGCGCAGGCCUGGCGCGCCCUGCAGCCCAUGGACAUGCCUCGCUACCAGCACGGCGUGGCACUCAUCGGCAACUUCCUCUACAUCGUGGGGGGCCAGAGCAACUACGACACCAAGGGCAAGACAGCGGUGGACAGCGUGUACCGCUACGACCCGCGAUUCGACAGGUGGCUGCAGGUGGCCUCGCUCAACGAGAAGAGGACCUUCUUCCACCUCAGCGCCUUGAAGGGGAAGCUGUACGCCGUGGGAGGCAGGAACUCUUCAGGCGAGAUUGACACUGUUGAGUGCUACAGCCUCAGUAAGAACGAGUGGACAUUCGUGGCCCCGAUGAAAGAGCCGCACUACGGGCAUGCAGGAACAGUGCACGGGGAGCUGAUGUAUGUAUCCGGUGGAAUCACACGGGACACCUUCCAGAAGGAGCUGUCGUGCUACGAUCCUGACACGGACAGCUGGAGCCGGCGGGCGGACAUGACCACGCUGCGCGGCCUGCACUGCAUGUGCACGGUCGGGGACCGCCUCUACGUGAUGGGCGGGAACCACUUCCGGGGCGCCAACGACUACGACGACGUGCUGACCUGCGAGUUCUACAGCCCGGCGACGGACCAGUGGACCGACGUGGCGGCCAUGCCGCGGGGACAAAGCGACGUGGGCGUGGCCGUCUUCCAGGGCCAGAUCUACGUGGUGGGCGGCUACUCGUGGAACAGCCGCUGCAUGGUGGACAUCGUGCAGCGCUACGACCCCAAGCAGGACGAGUGGGAGCAGGUGUUCAAGGUCCUGGAGCCGCUGGGCGGGAUCCGAGCCUGCACCAUGACGGUGCACCCGCCCGACGCCUCCGUCGAGGCCCAGACCCAGGAGUGCCCCCUCUCCACCCCAAAAAGAUGAAGGGGAAGAGUGUCGGUAAUUCAGAAUUACCUCCUGUAUACAUUUGAUUCUUUAAAUUAUUUUAAGCCAGACUUCCACUGACUCCCACAUAGCUUUAAGUGUGACCUCCUGAUGCAAGCUAAUGUCAACUGGCACGUUUUACAGUACUAGAGAACCAAUACUGUACUGGAGUUCAGCUUAUAUGACUUCACCUAGUUAUUUGGCCUCUCACAAAAGACUGGGAUGAGUGUUCAUUAAGUAUGAUCAUGAUAGUUCAUACAAAUUAUUUUCAUAGUGCGUUUGAUAUACAUAACAUUGGUACAACCAAAAUAUCUGGAGGGAAACCAUCUUUCUGAUAAAAUCCAGUUCCUUGGCGUAAAUAUUGACAUUUUUAUUUAACCUUUAUUUUCCAAAGUACGAUCUAAUUUACAGAAAGCUGGCUGUCCAAUGAUUUUCCAAUCUACUCAGCCUGUUUAAUAUGCUGUGUCUCCUUCUGUUCCACCUUUUGCCUGUCUUCGCUCCACCACCUUUAUUUUGUCCUUGCUUGCAAGGUUUGUACAUAUGGAUAAAUUAAUAAACUGUGAAUCUUCAAGCCAC